AAUAACACGUGACGUCAAAAGCAUCGGAUUAGAGAAAGAAGAAGAAGAAGAAGAAGCCGAUUCUAGGAAAAAUCCGAUACUCUUUGGACAGUCUAUGGCCACCGAUCUCUACGGCGAUCUCUUUCCGGUUAUCACUUCGUCACUACACAUUUGCUUCUUCCGUUUUCGUAUCGGAUCGAAUACUAUUCAUCUUUCUUCGAAUCGGGUUUCUUUGAACCUUUGAAGCUAUGGGUGAUGCAAUCGAUUUGAGUGGAGAUGGUGGCGUCUUGAAAAAGAUUGUAAGGAGUGCCAAACCUGAUGCUAUUUCACCCUCUGAUGAUCUUCCUGUUGUCGAUGUUCAUUAUGAGGGUAUCUUGGCUGAAGACGAAAAGGUUUUCGACACUACUCGCGAAGACAAUCUUGUUUUCUCCUUUGAGUUAGGAACAGGCAGUGUUAUCCGUUCUUGGGACAUUGCUCUUAAAACCAUGAAGGUUGGAGAAGUUGCAAAAAUUACAUGUAAGCCAGAAUAUGCUUACGGAAGAGCCGGGUCUCCUCCCGACAUCCCACCUGAUGCAACUUUGAUUUUCGAGGUGGAAUUGGUUGCUUGUAGACCGAGGAAAGGUGCUAGUGUUGGAAGUGUUUCUGAAGAGAGAGCCAGGCUAGAAGAUCUGAAGAAGCAGAGAGAGAUUGCUGCAGCUGCGAAAGAGGAUGAUAAGAAAAAGAGAGAAGAAGCAAAAGCUGCUGCAGCUGCUAGGAUUCAAGCUAAGCUAGACGCUAAGAAAGGUCCAGGCAAAGGAAAAGGCAAAGGCAAAGCUAAAUAAGUCGAAUGCAAAAGACCUGUCACUACUAUUUCAUGAUGAAUCUAAAUCAAACUUUUGGAAAGGGAGAGUCAUCAGUUACAUCAUAUUGAGUUAUUGACCAUUACAUGAUUUGUUUGGGGUUUAAUUCGCACGCACAUUAAUAACAUAAACAAGUGUUCGAAACCAAACUUUUCAAACCAUGUCGGAAGCAUCAUCAUCAAUCUCAUCUUGUUCUUGC